AUGACUUCGUUUAUCAUUGAAGAAGUUGAUACAAGUGAUAUUCCUGAAAAUGAAUUGUCAGAAUUUGUUGAAACGACUGACAUUCCGAUUGUUGCGGAAACUCAGGAAGAAGGAAUGUUAACAGAUGAAAUGCCGUCAGAAAAUGAUUUUUCUGAUGAUUCAGUUGAUGAUAAAGAUUUUAAACUUAAAGACGAGCCAUCAACAAGUAAUUCAAACAAAGUGACCAAAAUAUUAAAGAGCACUAGGAAACCAUCAGUUAUUCCAGAUAAAUCACAAUCAAAUCUUUUGAGAAAAUUUAUGAAUAAUGAGAUCUCGUACAACGAUUAUGUGAGAAAGAUGGGAACCUUAGAUGAUUUAGACGAUAUUUCCGACCUUUCGGAAGAUUCUAAUGAUUCACCAAUGGAAAAAAUUAAGAAGCAUGGAAAGCGCCAUGCUGCGAAAGCAGAAACUCAUCAUGCAAAGAAAACGAAACGAGCAUUGCCACCGGCACUUCAGGGAUUGAUGGGCCAGGCGAAUUUGUGCUUUGCUCGUGGUGAUGUUGCAUUAGCUGAAAAGUUGUGCUUAGAAAUUAUUCGACAAGAACCAAUGACAGCAGAACCAUAUCUUACAUUAUCACAAAUUUAUGAGAACACAGAAGAAGAAAAGUACAACCAACUAUUGCUCAUUGCUGCUCAUGUUAAUUCAACAGUUUUCCAAUGGAGUCAAGUAGCUGAAAUCUUUUUAGAGAAAGGAAAUCUUAAACAGGCUUCAAUUUGUUAUGCUAAAGCAACACGAUGUGAUCCAAAAGAUCUCUCACUUCGUAUAAAGCGUUUAGAAAUUCUAAAACGAUUAGGAGAUGAAAAACAUGUCUUACAUUGUACGUUUUGUAUGCUUGGCUUCAUUCCAAAAGAUCAACAUGAAUUUCUCAUUGAACGAGCCAAGUGGGUGGUUCAAGAAUAUCAUAAAGAUGGUCAAAUAACAAAAUCUCUCGAUGCAAUGCUUAAAGCAUACAGUAAAGUUCCUGAACACUUCUCAACUCAAGAUGUUCAUUCACUUAUCGAUUUACUGAUCAAAGAUAAGCAAUAUCGGAAAUGUCUCAACGUUUUCAUAUUUCAUACAGGGAUGAACGUUUCGAUAAAGCAAACAGGAAAGAAUUCUUAUGAAUUCUCUAACAUUUACAUUCCUGACAAUAUGCUAAUGGAUUUAAGAACAAAAAUGUGCAUUUGUUUGAUUAAAUUGGAAGCUUCAAAUCUUUUCGAAUAUCUCAUUGACAAUGUAUUAAAAUUUAUCGAUGUUGAUAACGAAGGUGAUUGUUAUUUGGAUAUUCCAGAAGCUUUGAUGCUUCUUGAACAAUACACAUUUGCCUUGAGACUUUUAAAUCCGUUGGUGCAGAGUGAGACAUUUUCACUUGCUGCUGUAUGGCUUCGACAUGCUGAUUGUUUGAGAGCAUUAAAAAGAUAUCCUGAAGCUAUUGAAUCUUAUAAAAGUGUUGUACAGUUAAGUAAACAUUUAGAAGCUCGACUAACGCUUGCUGCAUUGUUGAAACAAGAAGGAAGAAUGGAAGAAGCUCUCGAAGCUUUAACGCAAGAUCCAGCUGUUGAAGUCCUUGAAACAGAGCUUCUCAAAGAAAAAUGUUUGCUGUUAAAGGAAUUAAAUCGUGUUGAUGAAUACCUUCAAGAGGGUUACAAAAUGAUGCUACGAAGUUCAGAUUGUGAUUUACGAAAGAAUCGUAAUCAAGAAGUUGAUGACAUUGAUGCACCUCAAUUCAGUAAAGGUGAUAAUGAACCAACUGUAGCGGAUGAUUGGAAUUUGUUUCUUGAUCUUGUUAAUACGGCUUGGACAAAUAUAAGAUACGUUCAAUUACAACGAUUGUCAUUUGCUGCAAUGUCAAGUCGGCGACUUCAAAGUCAUAUUCGAGAAAUUGACUUCAUCGGAACAAUUGCGUGUUUAUACAACAAAGAAGAAACUUACGGCUAUAAUAAGAUUCGAGAGUUCUUCAAUACUGACAGAGAAAAGCCACGAUUUUGGAUUCUUUUCAAUCUCAUCAUUUACCAUACUCAAGAUUCAAGAUUUAACCGAUUUGUUAUGAGAUUGUUUGAAAAGGUCUCUCCAUUUACAACUAAAGUUCCACCGAUAGUUUAUAUGCUUCUUGCUAAUUACUGUUUACUUUCUAACAGUUAUAAACAUGCUCUCAAUCAUUAUGAUGAAAUUUAUCGACGUUUUCAACAACCACUCGUUGCAAUGAUCCUUGCAAUUUUAUACGCUUUGAUUGCAAAUCAAAAGCAUUCAAAUCGGAAGCAAAAUCUUAUUGUGCAAGCGAUAAAUUAUAUGGAGAGAUACAAACAAACAAGAGAACCGGAAGCGGAAGCUGAAAUUCUUUACAAUACCGGUCGACUUUAUCAUCAAAUUGGAAUAAUUUCUGUUGCCAAACAAUAUUAUGAGAAAGCUUUAGCUGUGAAAAAUCCGUUCAUUGAGAAGCACAAAGAACUUUUGGAUUUGAGAAUGGAAAUUGCUUACAAUCUUCAUGUCAUUUACAAACAAUGUGGAAACAGAGCAAUGGCAAGAAAAAUCCUUUACGAUAACAUUGUUAUUUAA